AUGCCGGUUUCGCUUCGUAGUUCGGGCAGUCGCUCGUCGGCUUCAGCUUCCGCUCCAGCUGCAACUUCAAGUGUGCCUGCGCCUGCGUCGCCGACGCGAAGGCGGUGGACAAAGCGCUUGCCCAGCCGCAGCCCAGGCGAGGGACCGGUUGGCUGGCCGUCCGUCACUGCGCCCACCACUGCCGCGUCAUCCCACGGCGGCCGGGAGGACAGAUACGACGACGACGACGACGACGACGACGAUGAUGAUAAUGAACAAGUGCAAGUUGUGCAAAGAGCACCACGGAGCAGGACAGUCGCUGUGCCCCGACGUUCAGCGGACGGCGUUGCGAAACGCGCUCGUGGCUCUGGCGCAGGUGUCCCAGGUGCGCAUGCCGCGCUCCAGCAGCAGGGCAUCGUAUCGGACGACGAUGUCGCUGCGAAUAGUGACGAUGCGGCCAACGAGCUCCAGAUUGGUCGGAUUGGUGGUCAGAUUGGUCGUCGCGCAGGCCGAACAGCAACUCUGCCUCAGAUCGGUUGGGACUUUGUCAAGUCGCUCGUUCAGGGAAAACGCCAAGCAAGCAGCGUGCAUCAAAACGAGGAUGCUGCAUCAUCGCGACGGGCAGUUCGUGGCAGCGUGCAUGCAUCGAAAUCAGCUGCUUCGAGCUCGUCUUUGAGUCGCUGGUUUAGCAGCACGGCAGUGCUCAAAGCGUUCACUGCACUGUGUCUCCUGCUGUCGGUGAUGGUGGUCGUUUCUCACCAUCAACAGAUGCCGUAUUGUCCGACGCGAUCGACCGCUGUUGCUUCGACCAAACAACAAUGCAAGCCCUGCCCAGAGCACGCCGUCUGCUUGGGUGGACCUACGUUUACCUGCAACGACCCGUACCAACAGGGCUGGCGAGGAUGUGUGCUGAACACUGCACUGGAGAAGCUCAAGGACAAUAUUGCUCAUGAAAUUGUUGUAGAGGCUCAGCGCUAUCGUGGUCAACGUGAGUGCGAAUCUUCCCCUUCUGUCACGCUUUCGCUGGCAGUUCCUCGCGAAGCAAUGCGUGAGCUGGUUAAAGCACGGAUGGAAACGGAUGCGCAAUUCACAACAGCGUGGAAUUUUGUCUGCGCGCACCCUGAAAAGUAUUUCGGGGAUGCUGUGGAAGUCAGAAUGGACGGGUUUUUGGCAAAAGCGGGCAUCAAGCCAUUCGAGUGCCAACUGCGCGAGGAGCUGCUGUAUCUUCUGGACUGCGUGGCGCAGGCCGUCUUUGACUUUUUUUCCUAUGUCUGGCAAUUGCUCUGGCUUCCAUUGCUGUUGGUCCUGUUUUUCACUCUGGCAGUGUCGUACUUCAAGUGGCAGAAGAGUGUCAAACAGAACGAGCAAGACGCCCUCAACACCAUGGUCUUGGCAAUCAUGACGCUUCUUCGCGAGCAGGCAAUUUCCCAACCGUUCCAACCAGCGGUAUCGGUUUCCCACUUGCGAGACGAAAUUAUUGACGUGUCGGAUCGAAAGCGUCUCGCUGCUCGUUGGGACGAGGCCUGCAAGAUUGUGCGCCGCGACAGUCGAGUUGCCCAGUCUGUACAGUCCAUUCACGGAAUUCCGCAGGACAUGUUGUCUUGGGUUUCGCCUGUGGUCGUUGCAUCACCCAUGGCUGCUCAGCGGCAGGCCUCUCCGCUCGUGGACAACCCCGACAACGCCGAUAACGGUGGCGGUGACGAAAACGACCGCCAACCUGCCAUUCGAUCGCCGCAAGCUCAGCAUCGACCCUACGCCUCUUCGAUCUACCCGAACAUUGCAGAUCUUUAG